AUGUUUACUGCAAAGAAACUUCUUUGGGCUCUGAAGGAACAUGGGCAAUCUUGGGAUGGAGCCUAUUUUCGUGGGAUUAUUCUGCAACAACAUGUAAUUUCAUUUUUUCGUGAUCCAACCAAUGUUCUUGAAACAAAUGAAGUUAUAUUUCUUCAUGAUAAGGCACCUUGUAUGAAGGCCAAUGCAACACAGCAUCUUUUGGAAGAUGAGGGGGUGAAGUUCUGGGGAAAUUCGAUUUGGACCGACAAUAGCUCUGAUAUGAACCCAGCAGAAAGCAUUGGUGCAAUUAUCAAAGAUAAACUUGAAGAAUUAAUGGCAAGUGAAGAUCGUCAAGACAGAUACAAUUAUUAUAUUCUCAAAACUAAUGUUGAGAAUACACUUAAGGAUCUCGAAAAUGAUACAGAUCUUUUUAUUGAUUUGCUAUGUUCAAUGAGGAAAACAUUUGAUGCUCUCACAGCUGCUGCAGGAGGACAUACAAAUUUCUGA